GGCAAUGAUUGCCUAGACAGGCCGAGCCGACGGCAACGCGCUUGCGGGGCCUGCGGGUCCUCGCAGCGGGUCGAUCAUAUGUGUUCCGGAUACCCAACCACAAGGUUUAUUCCCUCUUCCCUUCUCUAGUCUUUCUUGCCUUUGGUGUCGAACGCGAGGCGCUCAUCCAUUCUACCCUACAAGAGCUCGAUAAUACGCGGCAUCACUCUCCGCAGUCGGACUUACACUGUCCGCACCGCACGCACACCGGUGACCGGACAAUCCUUCAGACUAACGGCGACCCCCUCGACGCGUUAGACAGACUUCCGUGCCAGCAGCCAUCGUUUCCCUACCCUAUCAGCUACUUAAACGCGUCCGAUCACGCAUUCCGCGUCAAGGAGGGCCGCACGAUGUCUGCGACAGGAUUUCCGCGGCAGCCGGGGACAGGUCACCGGCAGCUUCACGACAUAAUUGAACGACCAAAAGACGAAGGUGCACAAGUCUCUGUGCACCACGAAUACGAUCAGUCUCCCCUCCUCUCCCGGCGCGUCUCCGCCAGCCCACGCAUCCAAGCUUUGCAGCAAUCGUCCGCCUAUGUCUUCCCCUCGUACCCUUCCCCAAUCUUUGAAGAGGAUGUCCAGCCCGCAGCUAGUGCGCAGGCGCACAGCCAGCAGGCUAAAGCCGCUAUGCUUGCGGUCGAGGGGUCCCCCGACGAGCUGCAGGUGCCCGAGCCUUCAGAGGGAUUUAUCAUACCUGGCAGUCCAGUAUCGCCUGCUACGCCGAGUCCACCGAGCCCCGACCCUACAGCAACACCCGGAUCGGCGGUGACAUUCGACAUGCCCAGCGCGUCCCCUUCCCCUAUAUGGGACGCAUCGGGCGCCAAGCAACGCGUCCGCGGGCGACAGCGCUCAAGCGUCGGACCCAACACGAACUUCUGCCUCCCGCGCUCCUAUAGCUCCGGCAAUCUGCGCCCUGUAGCCAUCUCUGGUCCGGACCGCCAGCCUCUGGCGACGAUCCCCUCACCAAGGCUACUUCCCGAUCAGGAGCCAAGCAACGCAUCAAAGCCACCGCCCCUUUCGUCUGACCACCAUCUGCGGCGCGCGAGGAGCGCGAGUUGUACUGCGACAGGGGGCGCCUCAGCAUCUGCAACUGGCGCGGUUCAGUCCGCAGGGGUGGUCGGUCGCCAGCGGGCCGGCAGCGUGCGCAACGCGGUCUACAUCCCCGACCAGCACGCUGCGCCCGGGACGCUCGCGGUGAACGCCCCGAGCCCUGAGCCCGAGGUCCUACGAGUGUCGACGUCGACUGAGUCGUCCCGGUUUUCUGCGGUCACGUCGUUCUCCGCAUACUCCGGGAUGACGGCGGCGAGUCGCUAUUCUAGCGACGUCCCGCUCACGCCCGACGAUGCCUCCGAGCAGGGGACGCACCUUCAAAAGCUCUAUCGCAAGUCGACGCCCCCGCCAUCGACCCCGGUUGAGGAAGUGGAUGAUAUCGAUAGGGCUUCGAUAUACUCGACGCAGACGGAUGGGUCGACCGCCUCGUCGGCGUAUUCACUCCUUGCGCAGGCUUUACCGGCAAACAUAUCGAAGUCAGUGAGCGACGGUUCAAAAAGCCGCCCGGCGUUCAUAUCGCUCGACGAGGACUCUGUAGCAGAGAACAGUCCCUUAGAAGGCCCCCAGCCGACGCCGGACCCAUUUUCUGAUGUGCGCUCGUCUUUCUCAGGCGGGUCUCGCAGAAGGACCAAGAGCACGCCGCGUCCACCGCCCAUCACGACGCCCUCGCGACCUUCAGGCCUGCCCAACAUUGAGAUCGAGACGUACCCGCCGUUGCCAGAAUCGCGACCGGAUUCUCGCGCGAAUACAGAGCGAGGUUCGCAAGCCGGCUCUCGGCCCGGCUCGCGGCGCUCGUCGCGCACGCCGAUGCCAGCAGCGGCCUUCGCGCUACCCGAGUCAAGGUCGUCUUCCUGGUCGCGGCCUUCUUCGCGCGAUAGUCUCCGGCAUGCGUCUUCCUUCACUCGUUCGCCGCGCGGGUCCGUUUCACAUGCGUCGGCGCAGGACACGUCUCCCUAUCCACCGGUGUUGGCCUCUCCCUCUCUGCGUCCUGGGCACCAGCCACGAUCAUCGUCUGUCUCGUCGCCGCACUCGCCACGGUUUUCAGGCGUGAUGCACUCGCCGCGCUCUUCGUCGCUUUCUCAUGUGUACGACGAUCAUCUGCAGCAGCAGCAAGCGACUGCUCCUCGCCCGUCGGUGUCGCGCCAGACAUCGGCAUCGCGUCUAUCUACGCUGCCGCCCCGUCAAGGCUUCGCGCGACAUGCAUCCACGCCCGCGCUGCGGUACACUCCCAGUCCCUCGUUCCCUCGCGUCCGCCAUUCGCCCAGCCCCUCGUAUAGCACACGGCACUCGCCCAGUCCCUCUUUCAAUGGGUCAACGCCGCCUAGAUCAGCUACGCGCUCCCCAAGGCCACCCUCUUCAACGGCUUCGCCUAUGCCGAAGCGGACCUCGCUGCGGCCAUCAGCGAGCACUAUCGCAGCGCUCAUGUCGGCGCGGUCCUCGCUCGUUGUCCCGCAACCUGUCCAGCCUCAACGAGCAACCUAUGCUCGAUCGCGGACGGAUUCCGAAGUGAAUUACCUGGGUGGCGAUGUCAUGGAUAUCAGCGCCCACUCAACGCCUCCAUCUGUCUCGGAAGAGCAGGACGACGCGAGCGUGUACUCCAACGAUGACGAGGGCAUGGAUGAGAAACAGCGGCAGCGCCUACCGCCAUGGGUCACGUCGACCCCGCCCGUCAAUGUUUUGAACGUCGACUCAGAGAUGGCCGAGCCCUUCCGGCGCGCGACGCCUGACCCGAACGCGCGCUUGACGCUCGUGCCGCUCGAGGAGGUCAAGCCCGGUAUCAACGUCACGUUGGUGCCACCCCCUACCGAGGCUCCUAGGCGCUCGAGCUUCGGAGACAUCAGCGACGAUCCUUUCGCGUGUCUGAGCAGUGGUGCGACGGUCGUGAGCGCUGCGUCGGGCGACGGUGGUAUGCGCCCACCAUCGAUGUUGCACGCAGGGUCGGCCUCGCGCCCCUCUUCGCUUGUCAGCAAUAUGACAGCGGAACCCUCGAGAGCGCGUGUAAACUCGACCUCCCGACUUUCUACAAGCCCUUACAUGUCGCCCUCCGGGUCCAAGUCGGCCUCGAACAUGGCUACUCCGGAUGUGUUCUCAGCCUCUGCGGAAAGCACCUUCUUUGAAGAGCCGAAGCUAUUGCCAGCACCUCAUACGCCCCGUCCUCGAGCCUCUUCUCGUGCCGAUUCUGCACGAAGUGUGCGGUUCCAUGACCUGGAUAGACCAGGAUCUUCCGGCACAACUCUUCAGGCGACCACGCUUGCUCCCACGGCUGGGUACGAACCUUCAAUCCUAUCGUCCAAGGCGCCGUCAUCGAUAGCUGGUCGUUCUUCGCAUCGGGUGUCCUACCGCCCAUCCACGAGCGACUCGGGCAAGAGCAAAGACCCACCCAGGUCUCCGCCGCCAGACUUCCUCAACUCACCGCUGUUCGCGUACCAACAGCGACCGCACUCCUCGCGAGCCUCCUCUUCGCGAGGGUCACGAGAGAGCAAGGAAAAGAAGGAAAGGCUGAAAUCCGAGGAGCGCGACAGGCCGAGCACUGCUGACGCCGUCGUUGAGGACGUCCCGUCGUCCGCGCGAAAGACGGGGUUCUUUGCCAACUUUCGGAUCCGGCGCAAGCACGAUUCGUUCCUGCCCACUCCUCACUCGCCGUCGCCGAAGGCUCAAGGAAAGCAGCGCGCCGACGCUCACGCCCCUGCCACGCCAACCUCGCCACCCGCCAAGGGCAAGAGCGGCAGCGACAAACGCAGCCAUUUCUUCUCCUGAGACACUUCUACCUAAUCACCUUCGCCUAUGACAUUUACUACCUACUCUCGUUCUCGCCCCUCCCCACCGACCACAUCGUUUAUGAAGCUCACAUCUACUUUCAUUCUUUCUUUCGUGUGCUACGCGCAAGUAUUUAUCUGUCUGUAUAUCUAAUUUUACGGCUCGACCUAUAUGUGUCGGCCUUCUGGACAUCGGGGACACGCUCAAAAGGCGUGGGGUUGUUAGAUCGGCUGUACGCGAGUGAGAUAGUAUCACUGGUAGUGUCUGUACCCUGCCCUCCUCCUUAAUCGUAGUUGUAUUCGAAGUCACCGCCGGGGCAUAGGGUCGUACGCAUGUAUACUCGCCACCGGCCUGACUGGCAUCACGCGAAUGCGCACCCCGUCAUGUCGCGUCGUAGUUGUAGACAAAGAGCGAAACAG